GAUGGAAGGUAGUACGAAACGCCCACGUCCGAACAUGUUUUUAUUGAAGAACAAGGAGAAUGGAGAUUUUAACCAAUACUGGUACUCUAAAGAUACUAUUGAGUUUAUGAAGAAUCAAGUUGAGAAGCACUCAAAGAGCUGUGCGUUCCUAUCUACACCCUCGAUUUACUUCUCUCUAAAAGACAAAGACAUCAAGGGUAAUUCCAAAGUGUUUGAUUAUGAUAAAUAAGUUCUAUAAGGAUCCCAACUAUGUAUUCUAUGACUUUAACAAACCUGAAGACAUCCCCACAGAUCUUGAAGGGGUCUUUGAUUUUGUGGUAAUCGAUCCUCCCUUCGUCACAGAGGAAGUAUGGACUUUGUAUGCAACUGCUGCCAAAUAUCUAUUAGCUGAGGAUGGAAAGAUCUUACUCUCUACUAUUGAUGAAAGAGAAGAGUUCCUGAAGGAGACUCUUGGUGUUGAUAAGAAGACCUUCCGACCUUCUAUUCCAAACCUGGUGUACCAGUACUCCUUUUAUGCAAAUUAUGAAGAUGAGGAAUUCGAUGAAGCCAACCCUGAAAUCCCGGAAUUUGAUUAAUG